UGUGUCAACGGACGCCAAACCUGAUUCAAAUACAGCAGAAUCUCCACCUGCGGAGUGAGUGGGGAAAGAGAGAGAAUUGUUUGUGAGGAACUUCGUCUGUUCGAUAAGUUCUCUGCUCCUACACUAUGUUUUUUGUUGUCCAAAUCCAAUCAGCUUUCUUUCUCUCUCUGUAUUCUCGGCGAGAGAAGAGGAAGUAGAGGAGUAGAAGAAACAAAUGUCUCUCUGCUUAUUAUACUCUUCAGGACAAGAUUUCCUUUACGAAUCUUUCAAAAGAUUUAACUGUAAUGGAGUUGCUCCAAUUGUUUCUCCUAUGAAUUCAGGGUUUGUUUGAAAUGAAUUUUAGGGUUUUUUUUUUUUCGUUUUUUCUGUACUAUGUUUCGGACCACCUGUGACCUUCUUGUACUAGGGUUCUUCCACGAGUGAUUCAUUCGGUAAGUGGUCUUUUCUUGAUCCCACUUUUAUUUCUUCAAGAUUGAUCGAUCAUUCAAUGGGUUGGUUUCUGAUCGGCCACUUUUUGUUGAAGGUGUGAUAAAUUUUGGAGUUUUACAUUUUUUUUUUUUUUUUGGUUUCUGUAGCUCAAUUAUUGCCGACAUAUUUGUUGGGUUCUUAAUGGUGAGGGAAAAUUGGGGGUAUUUGGAGUCACUUUGAUUAUUGCAACUCUCAGCUGUGACUUUACUGAUGAGAGUAACUGUUUUGUCUUCGAAUUGUCUAUUGUUGCUAUAAAUUAUUCCAUGUGGUUCUGUUUUAUUAUAUGCUUUGGUUCGUCUUUUCCUGUUUCCAAGGGACGGUUUGUGGAAAAUUAGUUUAUCUAGUGUAGUACAUUAUGGCAUGUAUUGGUACGGGAAUGGAUGUAAGCCCAUCUAGUUGUUCUUCUUUUUGACAUUCAGUCCCGCGAAACCAUUAAAUGCUUCAACCUCUGCUAGGAUUUGGAAUUUGGUUCUCCAUCAUAGGUUUAUCUGUAGCUUCUAAAUAUAGCUUCUAUCAUAGGACUCUCUUCAGGCCAGCUCUUAAGUUCUUACUGAGCUACCUGUUUGGCAUGGUUUCCUGUUGACUAAAUUGAUUGAACUAACUUAAUGUGGUUAGGUAGUUGAGUGUUGUCUAGCUGGAUAACUCCUGAAGCUCAUCCUGGAGCUGGAGAGUGGAUAUCGGUGUAUUUGAAUUUUUAUUAAUAAAUAUAUGAGGUUUCACAAUAUAACAUCAGCAUUUGGAUUUUGUAAUGAUCAGAUUAUAUUUUGUGCUGCUGGGCUAAUAUUCUGUGCAAAAGCAUCUGAGCUGAAGGUGGGCAAAUGGAGCAGCCUGCUGAUAUUUCAGUCUCAGGUCCUUCCAAAAUUCCAUCAUUUAAUAUUACCCGAAACGUUGGAAGCAGUGCAUGGGGGAUUCCAUCUGGAUCUGAUACAUAUCAUGCGUCAAGUGAUGCCAGCCUUUUCUCAAGCUCCUUACCUGUUCUUCGACAUGAAAAGUUGAACUUUGCAGACUUGGAGCACAGUGGUCAAUCUGCAGAUGACGGAUCAGCUAUCUUAAAUAAACCACAUCAAGAUGAUGAAGGUAAGGAUUCUCUGGAAGAUGAUGGGCCAAAUGCAAUUGGUAGCCUUCUUCCUGAUGAUGAGGAUGAGCUUUUAGCUGGUAUAAUGGAUGAUUUUGAUCUGAGUGACCUGCCUAGUCAACUAGAGGACUUGGAUGAGUAUGAUCUUUUUGGCAGUGGAGGGGGUAUGGAAAUGGACUUUGAUCUGCAGGAGAGCAUCACUGCGAGUAUGUCAAAGGCAGCCAUAUCUGAUGGUGGUUCUAUUAAUGGGAAUAGUCAGUAUGGUAUUCCAAAUGGUGGUGGAGCGGUUGCCGGGGAGCACCCCUAUGGAGAACAUCCUUCUAGAACAUUAUUCGUGCGGAACAUCAAUAGUAAUGUUGAGGAUUCGGAAUUGAGAACUCUCUUUGAGCAAUAUGGUGCUAUUAGGACCCUUUACACUGCAUGCAAGCACAGGGGCUUUGUAAUGAUAUCGUACUAUGAUAUCCGAGCUGCUCGGACUGCGAUGCGUGCCUUGCAAAAUAAGCCAUUGCGUCGGAGAAAACUUGACAUUCAUUUUUCAAUUCCAAAGGAUAACCCAUCAGAUAAGGAUAUUAACCAGGGAACUCUUGUAGUCUUUAAUUUGGAUCCUUCUGUGUCAAAUGAUGAUCUCCGUCAAAUAUUUGGGGCUUAUGGGGAGGUUAAAGAGAUCAGGGAGACACCACAUAAGCGGCACCAUAAGUUUAUCGAGUUUUAUGAUGUCAGAGCGGCAGAAGCAGCUCUUCGGUCAUUAAAUAGGAGUGACAUAGCUGGGAAACGUAUAAAGCUCGAACCUAGUCGUCCUGGGGGAGCACGUCGGAACUUGAUGCAGCAACUGAGUCAAGAGUUGGAACAAGAUGAAACUAGGAGUUUCAGGCAUCAAGUGGGUUCACCAAUAGCCAAUUCUCCUCCAAGUAAUUGGGCCCAGCUGAGCAGCCCGGUCGAGCAUAGCCCUUUGGAAACUCUGAGUCGAUCCCCUGGUUUGGGAAGCAUUAGUCCUACGACCAGCAACCAUUUGCCUGGAUUAGCUUCAAUUUUACCUCCUCUGGGAUCAAAUUCUAUGAAGAUAGCACCUAUUGGGAAGGAUCAAGGAAGGGUCGGCCAUGUCAAUCAAGUAUUCAACAGUGCUAGCUCACCUCAUGGAGCUGCCUAUCAGCAUUCCCAUCCAUGUCCAGAGUCAAAGUUGAGCCCAAGUCCUGGGAAUGUGUCUCCUUUUGGUCCUUCAAAUUCUGGUGCAUCUGGUAUUGGAACAUUAUCAGGGCCACAGUUUCUAUGGGGCAGUACUAAUCCUUACUCGGAGCACACGAAUUCUUCUGCCUGGCCAACACCAUCAAUGGGGCAUUCCUAUUCUUCUAAUGGACAGGGACAGAGCUAUCCAUACUCUAGUCGACAUGGCCCUUUUCUUGGUUCAUCAUCCCAUCACCACCAUCAUGUUGGGUCUGCCCCAUCUGGUGUUCCUUUAGAGAGACAUUUUGGAUAUUUCCCAGAAUCGCCGGAAACAUCCUUCUUGAGUCCAGUUGCAUUUGGAGGAAUGGGCUUAAGCCGCAAUGAUGGGGGAUACAUGAUGGGCAUUGGUGGUCGUGUGAAUUCUGGGGUUGGUUUAUCAGGAAACAUAUCCGAAAAUGGUUCCCCCAGUUUCAGGGUGAUGUCCUCACCUAGGAUGGGACCCAUGUUCCUUGGUGGUGGUCCAUAUCCUGGUCUAGGUGUCCCUGGCAUUGAUGGCUUGGCUGAACGGGGGCGGAGUCGGCGGCUUGAAAGCAAUGGAAACCAGAUAGACAGCAAGAAGCAAUUCCAGCUUGACUUGGAUAAGAUUAUUGGUGGUGAAGAUACUCGUACUACUCUAAUGAUAAAAAAUAUCCCGAACAAGUACACCUCAAAGAUGUUGCUAGCUGCCAUUGAUGAACAUCACCGUGGUACCUAUGAUUUCCUCUACUUGCCUAUUGAUUUUAAGAACAAAUGCAAUGUAGGCUAUGCAUUCAUCAAUAUGGUGUCGCCUUCUCUCAUUAUCCCCUUCUAUGAGGCAUUUAAUGGAAAGAAAUGGGAGAAGUUCAACAGUGAGAAAGUUGCUUCUUUGGCCUAUGCUCGAAUUCAGGGAAAGACUGCUCUUGUUACCCACUUCCAGAAUUCUAGCUUGAUGAAUGAGGACAAACGGUGUCGCCCAAUUCUAUUCCAUUCUGAGGGAAAUGAGGGUGAUCAGAUCAUCCAGGAACCCUUUCCAUCCAACACUAUGAAUAUCUGUAUCCGUCAGCCAGAUGGAUCUUAUUUGGGAGAUACACCAGAGAGCCCUACAGAGGGAAUUUUGGGUGAGAAACCAAGUUAGAGUUGAUACCCUUUUUUGGAAGCAGGUUUCUUUUAGCUCAAAUGAGGGAGGGUGGCUGUGAGUUCUAAGUCUUGCGAAGUGAAAUUGUGUAUAAAAUUGGGGAGAGGUAAUUUAAAGAAAAUGUAUAUAGGCAGUAUCCGCUUAUGAAUGCACCUGGAGUAUAUCACAAGAAAUCUUUGGAUGAAUAUGCGGAGCGAGCAAUUUUUUUUUUCUCUUUUUUUUUUAUUUUUUAUUAUUAUUAUUAUUUAUUGUGUAGAAUGAAUUUGAUAUCUAAAGAUGGGAAGACAAUAAGGUGGAGCAUGCAGGUGAAAGGUCAAGUCUCUUCUCUUUGCUACCAAAUGUGUUGUUCGCCAGUUUGUGCAUGAUUUCUGUCCUACCCUUUUGUGUCUUCUUUUCCUUUAGGUCUUGUUGUCAGGGGUCGGGAUUGUGUUAGGUCUUUUGCAAAUAUUCCCCCAUGUUUAUAUGGGUAUGUGUAUGGGAAUUGAAAUCUUAGGGUUGAUCCAAGGGCCUGUUUACAGAAUUGUAUAGAGGUUAUUACAGACCCAACUUUUGUACUGUGCUGGGUGUUGUUCACUUGGAAUUAUGAUAUUUUUGUAUCUAAUGAAGACGUGGGACUGUACAGAUGAUGUUGCAUUUCAGCUA